GGGUGUGGUACACGAUCUUGUAUCAAUUUGUUUUCUGUUUCUGAAAGAAGUUACACAUUGUUUCUCAACAUGUAUAUCUUUGGAAUACUUCUUGUUACCUUCAUGAUAGGAGGCUCUCAAGCUUGUUCUUGUUUCUUUGAACCAAACCUUGAAGACAGAUUCUGCAGUCACGAUUAUGUCAUCUUGGCUUUUAUAAUCGACCUUGUAGAACCUGAGAAUGGCAAUGAUCAAUCCUUAGCAAAUGACAAUAUCGUCACUAUCAACCAGGAUCCUAAGACUUAUGAAGUGUAUAUCCUUGAAGUGUAUCGUCCUGGAGACGAUCGGGUUAAGACGGGAAUAACAAACAUUACAACACCAUCUAACUCCGCGGCAUGUGGAGUGAAUCUUCAGGAAGGGAAGAAAUACAUACUUGGUGGAAGUUUGACUGAUCCGAGUGACCUUCAGAUCUAUUCCUGUGGAAUUAUCUUUGAUUCUUCAUCAACAGAGUUUAAAGCUAUUAGAAAUAAUAAUUUUCAAUGUGAUGAGAAAACCGAUGACAACCCAGUGAGGGUGACAAAUGAGGACAAUUCUAUUGUUCUUAAUGAGCAGUAGUAGCAAUAAGCAGUUGUCAGGUGGCUUAAAAUUUGGGGCUUUCAAGUUGGGGUUUCAUGAAACAUUGUGAUGUCACUCAUAUUGGUAGACCAGUGAGUGUGCAAAACCAAGUGUUCAUCUUUUUUUUCUUUAAAAGUGAUACAUUAAACCUCAUUUAAAGACUUCAGCUCUUCCCUCACUGCUUAUUCCAUUGAUUUAUCUGUAUGAUUACCUGCAUAUUCAUCAUUCAUUCAAAUAGUUCUUUCUUUAAGUUUUGAAUUCUUAUACCAGGCGCAUGCUAUUUGUAUACCUUUCGAAAAAGUGGUUAACAACUUGACCUACAAGCUUUUCAUGAUAAUGGGUGAUGAUGAUGCAUGUAUGAGACACGUGAAUUCAGCACAUUCAUGGUAGGAUCCCACUAUCAAAUCAAUUUGAUGAAAUUACCAAUGUUAAAUUUAAUUCUACAAUUUGUCAAGGAGGAAAGAAACACCUAAAAAAAUGACAUAGCGAAUAAAAAUAAUAAUUAUUAUAAUAAUAACAAUAUUAAAAAUACCAAUAUGUUUACUUAGUGCAUAUCACUGCCGGAUGCCUGGCUACGUGCUUUAUGUAAGGAAUAGUCAAGAAAAAGUCAAAAUUGCUAGCAAUCAUAAUGUUGACUUAUUAAAAAUUCCUUAAGUAUAUUUUCCACAUGAAUUUAAACUAGGGUGUAGAAGAAUUAUUUACAUAUGAUGUGGAAUUGGGGAAAAGAUUAUUCUCCAUAAAAAUACGACACAAUUAGGUAUGGGUCACAGUAAUUAUUGAUUACUCUGCAUAAAAAUGUAAAUAUUUCCAUGAAAUACAUCUUAACAUAGCCAUCUAUGAUCUAAAACAAUUAUAGCUGUGAUUAUUAUAAUUUUCAGUGGUUAAUCAACACGUUCAGGGAGAAAAAAAAAUCUUGUUUCACAAGAUAUAAUAGGGGAAGAAAAUGUGAUAUUCCAUACAAUAAAAUACAACAUAAAUAGGAAGAGGGUGACUUCAUCAGUUCCCCCAUUUCCAUACUGACCAGGAUGUGCAGAUAACUGUUUAGUGAAAUAGGUGAAACUUUAAAAUAUCUUAACUUUCUCAUUUUAUAUCCAAUUUUGAUAAAAUACUGUCAAGCUUGUUUGAUUUUUCUCUAUUCAUUCUAAUCAACUUUUAACUGGGGAGGUUUGACCUUUAAACAAGAAUCUUGGGUUAUUAAUUGAUAGCUAAGUUUUGCUACCAUGACAUUUGAUCUGAGCUACUAAAAUAAAUUCAACAUUGAAAGAACAAAA